CUCCGCGUAAAAGAUGAUGUCAGUCUCCUGGGUCCAUUUCAUACCUUGCCUUGAGCUAUGCGAGUGAAACUCCAUUCAUCCUGUAAAACCUAGUUUCUCUUCUUCGCCGUCCAACAAACCUGUUAUCUACCAUCGUAUUCCUUUUGCAUCGCGAUAUUUCUCGUACGAUACUACGACAUCAUGACGCUCAAGACACUCGGUGCUCAGGCCGCUGCGGCCCUUGACAGGGAACUCAUGGGCUCGGGGGCCUUUUCGAUUGACCAGCUUAUGGAACUUGCUGGUCUCUCGGUCUCUCAGGCCGUGUAUCGUGUCCAUCCGCCUCGUCUGGGUCUCAACAUUCUCGUAGCCUGUGGUCCCGGAAACAAUGGAGGUGAUGGCCUAGUUGCUGCCAGGCAUCUUUUCCACUAUGGAUAUAAGCCGUCUAUUUACUACCCAAAACGGAGCAACAAUGAGCUCUAUCAGCGUCUGGCGAAACAAUUAGAGGACCUUGACGUUCCGUUCGUGGACGAUUUCCCUGCCGCCCUCAAAUCGACGCACCACAUUGUCGAUGCCGUAUUCGGGUUCAGUUUUUCAGGGGAGGUUCGCGAACCUUUCCCGGCGGUGAUUCGGGCUCUAGAGGAGACAAAGCUUCCGGUCACCUCGGUGGAUGCCCCCUCGUCGUGGAACAUCGAUGAAGGACCUCCAAAGUCCGGGCUGGGGAGCAACUUCCAGCCUGCUGUCCUGGUCAGCUUGACGGCCCCCAAACCCCUCGCACGCUUCUUCAAGGGCCGUCACUUCGUCGGCGGACGGUUCGUGUCGCCCAAGAUUGCGAGGCAGUAUGAUCUCGACCUCCCCCAGUACGAAGGGAUCGACCAGGUCGUCGAAGUAGACCAUAACGGACAAAAGCUCUGAAUGAAUGGCCCGGG